AUGAGCUGCUCGACGUCGACGCUGACGCUUGAGCCUCCCUCAGCCAGCCGCGCUUCCAGCACUUCCCGCGAUGUCGAGCACACUUCUCUACUAGCCAGAGGUCGGCGGCAUUCCUACAACACCUCGAGGCGGCGCGAUUCGAGUAUCUGUAGCGCUGAUGCGGUCUUCGUGAGAGUGGACUUGUUUCUCACAGAAUUGAGACACCGGUUGGACAGCCUAGAGAAAUACCGGCAGGAGAGUAUCCUGAGUUUUGACGCCCAGCUGGAACGAGCUUACCAAAUUUUAAGAGAUGUGCGCGACUCGUGUUCACCAUACCAUUCGGGAGAACUACUGUGGGGCGCUGCCCGUCAGAGGGCCAAUAUCUUGGUGGACACAAUGGAAAGUCGAUACAAUGAUCUCAUGCCCACUCGGGAGACCUUCGAGCAGAAAGCGCAAGCAAGUCUGCGCUUGAUGGAAUCUUACCUCACUGAGCUGGAGACGCGAGCUCACACACGCAGAAAACAAUUGUUCGAUUCUGGCUGGAAGAAAGUGGACGAUUCUAUUACUGCCACGCGGGAAAUUCUCGAGGAAGGGCUCGACAAAGCCAUUCGUGCGACGGAUCUACUUGCCGAGUCAAUCUCUCAUGCUUUGAGCCGUGCCGCCGAGACCAGGCUCAUCCACUACGAUGACUUGCCGGUACCUUGGAGAAGCAAUCCUCAUAUUCUUCGUGGUUACCGCUUCAACAGGACCAAGAUUGAAUGCGUCACGUCAAUGUUUCAACCCUCCAACGAAAGUUUCAAUAUCUGGUCGCACGGCAUAGGACUGAUGGUUGUACUAGCGAUCGCCUUCUACUACUAUCCUGCGUCGUCAACCUUUCCGUUGUCCAGCAAAUGGGACGUUUUAAUCGCAGCGUGCUUCUUCGGGGCCGCUUGCAAGUGCUUGAUUUGUUCCAUCAUGUGGCACACCAUGAACAGCAUUGCGGACAAAUGCCUCUUGGACCGAUUUGCUUGCGUUGAUUAUACCGGUAUUUCGUUUCUGGUAGCCGCCAGCAUUUUGAGUACAGAGUGGACUGCAUUUUAUUGUGAGCCCGUGUCGCGGUCAGUCUACAUGACCAUGACGACACUGCUCGGAAUUGCAGGUGUUAUUCUACCAUGGCGGGAGAGCUUUAACCGAGCCGAUAUGGCAUGGGCUCGAGUGUCUUUCUUCGUCACACUCGCGGUAACUGGCUUUGCUCCGGUCGUGCAAUUGAACUACACCAGGGGCGUUGAAUGGACCUUUUAUUUCUAUGCGCCUGUGACGAAAAGUCUCCUGGUCUAUCUCACUGGAGCCAUCAUAUACGCCAGCAAAGUACCAGAAAAAUGGCGGCCUGGCCUCUUCGACUACGUUGGUGGCAGUCACAAUAUCUGGCAUCUUGCAGUGUUGGGUGGUAUUCUGUUCCACUAUACAGCUAUGCAGGAGUUCUUUCAUGGUGCAUUCCAGCGAGCGAACGACGGCUGUUGUUUGGGUUGA